UAACAUAUAAAACCACUUUCUGUCACAACAGCUGAUCGUGAAAAAAUACUUCGCACAUUUUAUUAAGUUUUCGCCAUUAGGUUUUUGCAGAAAAAGGAGCAUUUCUUAACUAAAAAAGCCAACCCGGACGCCAAGAUGGUCAACAUCACUCUGCCCAAUGAUGAGGAGCGCCUGGGAUUCUUGGAUUCCCGCAUCAAAAGGCUGGAUGACAUCAAUGUAGCCGGCGAUGUGUGCCUUCGUGAAAUAGUAAUGAAAACCGAAAAUUUCACGGAGGACGAGCUGUGCCAACUGGUACGUGAAGCCCUCCAUGAAGCCAUUGUCCGGACUCACGUCACCGGAUGCCCGGAGGGCCUGCAAGUCAGCCAGGUCGAUCUUCUGGCUGCGGUAAAGAUCGUUCAGCCCCGGUUUGGUCGACAGGAGGAGGUUCUCCAGCAGCUGAUGCCAUAUGAAUAUUUUGAUCGCAGAUCUAACGACGCCGUUCCUAAUCAGGAUAACCUCCUGAUUACCGGGCACCCUGGGCUGUCAUGCCAUCUGGUCGAAGGUAACCCCAAGUCAGGCAUAACCACGGUUGCCGCUCAAAUGGCUUUGAACACUGACUACCGCUUUGUGAAAUACAUAUCAUCGGUGAAUUGGCCUUUGGGACUUAGCGACUCCGAAAAAUGCCAGAGGAUUCAGGAAGUCCUAGAAGACGCCUAUGUUUCCAGGCGCAGCUGUGUCAUCAUUGACGAUUUGGAACGUAUUCUCGGUUACGGCGCCCUGGGAAAGCGAUACUCCACUGAGUUACUGCAGAUGCUGAUGGUUCUUCUGAAGAAACUACCGCCUAAGGGUCACGAGCUGCUCAUCAUUUGCACGACCAAUCGUCGCGAUGUCCUGCAGGAGCUGGGCUUGCUUUCCGUUUUCACAUCAGUGCGCAAUGUGCCAAAUGUUUCCACUCCAAAAGAACUUUUGGCCAUUGUGGGAGCUUCGAAACGAUUCGAGCACGAGGAGCUGCGCCAAAUUGAGAGCGCCAUGGAGGGCCGCAACGUCUCCAUUGGCAUCAAGCGGUUGCUUGGCCUAAUAGAAUGGGUGAAUCCCAUAGAGCCCGACCGUCGACCUGGCAAAUUCCUACGGAAAUUGGGCGAAGCAAUGGGAUGGGUAGAGAACAAAUUCUAGUUCUGCAGCCAUUUGAACCUCAGUAGACUUAAGGCGCUGGGUUACAAAAUGCAAUAUUGUAUCUACAGUUCAUACCAAACUCUUCCAUAUUUAAUAAUUCAGUAUUGCAUUAUAUUUAAAGGAACCAUGGAACCAUGGAACCACGAAAUGCAACUCGCUUUCAAACGAUCUUACAAACUUAUUACCAUAUAUUAUUUUGUACUUCAAUAUGCAUCCUAUGCAAAGUUUUUAAGACUUAAAUGAACAGCCCGCUAAUGUGACGUGACUUAAGUAGAAUUUACACAAUGUGCUUACUAUACAAAAGCAAGAAUAAAGAGAUUUUAAAUGCCA